AUGUUGCGCGUUGGGUCCUGGCUGUACGGGAAAAAGCCCGCCAAUGCCUCCACCCAAUCGCUGGACUCGCUGUCCGAGUUGAAAGACUCGACGACCUUCAUCCUUAAUGACGACGUGGAUGGCGCAGAGAAUGGCCUGGCGAACGGCACUUCGACCUUUCAUCUUUUGGGACGAGGCAUGGUGGCUUUCAUUCGGGCGACCUUGGGCUUUGAACAGGAGAUUAUGCGACAAGCUUCCGAACGGCUCAACGAAGCGGAAACCUCAGCCACCAGCGAACAGCACCGGGCGCAACACAACGCCCAUGCCCCAAAUGUUUUUCAUUCCGAGAUCUAUAGCGCUGGGUCCGAAUUUGCGCUAUGUCAGGCGAUCUCACAACUCCUGGGUGCGGUCGUUGGAGUAUUGAACGAGAGUCUGACAGAGAGCAUCAAGGCCUUCUACCGCCUACGAAAGGCAUACAUUACAUUAGAUGCCAUCUUGAAGAUGGAACAAAAGUUCAUGGAGCUGAGGGAUCCCAGCCAGAUCCUCCUGCCUACUGCUAGUGACCUCGCCAAAGCCAGUGUCAAGAGGGAUUUUAAGUCCGAAUCGGAUGCAUCCAGCGAGUUAUCUGCCAGUCCCGUCCUAGCGGUGCCUGCUCGUGCAGUGUCGCCCGACACAAAGGAUCUCACUCGAUCACUAUCAGGCCUGACAGUUACCCCGGACCCUGAACCCGCCUCCGGGACAUCGACUCCCAGCGCAGUGAAUAACAUCAACCACGACCCGGACUCGGAUGUCUUCAGCAACGAGAUCGACGUGUUUGUCCAUUCCGGGGCCAAUUUCUGUUUCGGUAUCUUACUGCUGCUUAUCUCGAUGGUGCCACCAGCUUUCGGUAAGCUCCUGUCCAUCAUCGGCUUUCAUGGUGACAAGCAGCGAGGACUGCGUAUGCUCUGGCAGGCCAGCAAGUUCCAUAACUUGAUCGGCGCUAUGGCUGCUCUGGCACUGUUGGGAUUCUAUAAUGGGUUCGUGCGGUAUUGUGACAUCAUGCCUGACCCAACUCCUGGUGAGGAUGAUGUGGAGGGCUAUCCGCAAGAAAGGCUGGAUACUCUGUUGGCCGAGAUGCGGUCCCGGUUCCCAGAUAGCCAACUGUGGCUCUUGGAAGCUUCUCGCAUGAAAGGGGCCAACAAAGAUUUAGAGGGCGCACUGGAACUUCUUUCCGCCGACAAAAAGAGUCAACUGAAGCAGGUCGAAGCCCUCUGUAUGUUUGAGAAGAGUUUGAAUGCCCUCUUUCUCCACAAGUACGAGAUUUGCGCGGAAUCCUUUAUCGCGUGUGUGGACCUCAACUCGUGGUCGCGCUCGCUCUACUACUAUAUCGCCGGGUCAUGUCACGUUGUACUCUACCGCAAAACCAUUCAAACUGACCCCAAGAAAGCCGAAGAGCAUGCGACUAAAGCCGCAGAGUAUAUUCGAAAAGCCCCGCCUUUAGCUGGUAAGAAGCGUUUCAUGGCCCGUCAACUGCCAUUUGACGUGUUUGUGACCCGCAAAAUUGCCAAAUGGGAGGCUCGGGCUAAGGAAUGGGGUGUUCCUCUAGCGGAGGCCAUUGGAAUCGACCCGAUCGAGGAAAUGAUCUUCUUCUGGAACGGACAUAGCCGUAUGACUCACAGCCAGUUAGAGGAAUCUUUAACUCACCUGGCGUGGUGCGAAAGUGAUGCCAACAAGAAUUGGUCCUCUGAAGCACCUGAGGAAAAAGCGAUCUUGGAGCUUCUGAAGGCUGCCGUGCUGCGGUCUCUGCGCAAACACGAAGAGGCAAAGAACAUCCUCCAGACUAAGGUGUUGGGCCACGACAAAUCCGUGUUCAAGGGAGCCUUGAAGGACGAUUGGGUUUUGCCAGCUGCCAACUUUGAGAUGGCUGCCAAUAUCUGGAUGGAACGGCCAACCUACCAGACUCUUCACGGGCUUGACUCGAAUGUUGCCGCGCAACCAGAGAUGCCCGAGCGCCCAUCCUCCAACUCUAGCAAAUCCAAAGAAGGAGAACAACCCAUGGGAGAGAGACAGCAAGUGGCAGAGUGUAAGGUACACCUUGACCGUGCUGCCAAGUGGGAAAGCUACGAACUUGACACUCGUAUUGGACUAAAAGUGACGGCUGCCCUUGAAGCCGUCCACAAAUGGGAGAACAUGCAUCCGGUGGCGACCUAG